AUGUCGUCAGCAGCCGGCAGCGAGAAGUCCUGGGAUUGCCUGCCCCCAGAGAUCCGGCACCAGAUCUUGCAGUCCUUGCUGGGGCAAGACGGUUCUCACCUGGCUCCCUAUGCCGCUGUGUCACGAGAAUGGCAAGCAGUCAUUGAGCCGCACACCUUUGCUCGAAUCAAGCUGACGCCGUCGCGCAUCGAAGAGUCUGAAUCCAUGCUCCACCGCAACAAGGCUCACGUACGAUAUAUAUGGUUGUGCUUGGAACUCAUGGAAUACGACUGCUAUAUGUGCGCGCCCAUGGAUCCAUUACUAAGAGGAUUCCGCGACACGGACAGCUUCAAGGUCAUGACAACAUUACUUAAUGCCUUUACAGUUCUCAGCAAAUGGGAUUCACGCGGCUGCCUGCAGCUGGACAUCAGCAUCUACUCCCCCAGCGAUUCAGAGCACUGGUUCAAAUAUCUGACGUUCGAACCCGAUGUAUCUUUCGAAGAGCGCGACCGACGUCGACGCGUGGAGCGAGCGAUACGGUACAGAUGUGAGGACUGGAAUCACGGUUGGCGUGGUGGUCGUCGACGUUUCGCCCCAGACAGAUGGGCCGUGCACAAGAUAUUCAACGAUAUCAUGGACAACGUACCCUUUUUGGAAGACGCUCCAGAACACCAAUACUGGCAGCUGCUGCCUUUGGUCCCAGUGGUGACGAGUGUGCUUCUUCGUCAGCAGAACCGCCGACGAUGGAAUCCGACGGCGCUGGCGUGCAUAUUUGCCCGGCUUCCCCGUCUUGGGGAGGUUCAUUACGAACCUUGGAGAGAAUGGGACCAUGCACAACAGAUACAGAUGGAUGAGUGCAUGCGAUCGCUCACGGAGUCCCUGGCUUCUAGCCAGGUACGACGACUCAUACUAUUUGAGACUUCAUGCCCGCAGUACUUGCUUGACUUCCCGCAUUUCGAUGCUGACCGAGGCUCGACCGUUGUCGUAAGCCAGGCCAUCGCCAGGGCCAGCCUCAUGCUCGAGCACCUCUCAGCAUCAUUCAUGGUAGACGCUAGCGAGUUCUUUGCCGCCCUCGAUCCUUCCUGGCGAUGGCGCAACUUGACAUGGCUUGCGCUGACUUCACGGUUGCUCGCUCCCGAUCAGGACGUUGAUACGAUGGAUGGCAUGCUUGAGGCAGCAGCGGCCGCGGCCAUGACCAUGAGAAAGCUGGAGACAAUGGAGAUUUGGAAUGGAUCAGAGGGACUGGCAAUGCUCUUCAGAUACAAGCGAGCCCCAGCAAGGGCAAUGGCUGAGAUUACAAUCAGGGGAACCUGGGAGUUGUCCUUGCAUCCUGGAGUUGUCAAUGCCUGGCAAGCCGCCGCAGGGAGGCAUUGUUGCUACGGAUGCACAAUUGAGAGGGAGUCGCUGGAUGCUGCUGCUGUCACCUCGUACGCUGAUGCAAUACACCUUCUGAGGCUUUCCCACCCGGUGAUUCGGCCCAUUUCGCUGGAGCAGAUUCGGAUGGAGCAGAGGAUUCGAGAUGGGGUGUUUAGCGUGAGAUGA